AUGUCGUCCAAUUCGAAGAAAUCCGUCCUCAUCACCGGCUGCUCGGAUGGUGGUCUUGGCGCAGCCUUAGCCGUGGCCUUCCACGAGGCCGGUCUGCACGUCUACGCCACAGCUCGCAAUCCCGAUAAGAUGAAGAACCUCCAGGCCAAAGGCAUCGAAACGUUGACGCUCGAUCUCAUGGACGACUCGUCAAUCACAGCAGCCGUGAAGAAGAUUUCACGCCUCGACAUUCUGGUGAAUAACGCCGGAGCCACCUACAUGAUACCUUUCUCCGACGCUUCCAUAAAGGAAGCCAAGAAUCUCUUCGAUCUCAACGUAUGGUCCUACGUCGCGGUGACACAAGCUUUCCUGCCUUUGCUCGUAGAGUCCAAGGGCACGAUUUUAAAUAACACCUCUGUCGCCGGUGCCGUCGUGGUGCCAUUCCAGUCGAUCUACAACGCCUCAAAAGCAGCGAUUUCGAUGAUCUCCGCCCAUCAGCGAGUAGAGCUCGCAGCGUUCGGCGUCAAGGUCGUCGAUCUGAAGACCGGAGCAGUGAAAUCCAACAUCUUCCAGAACAUGGACAACGACAAGGACCGCGGAACGAAGGUCGCUAAAGGAUCGUUGUAUGAGCCGGCCCGAGAGGAUGUCGAGACGGUGCUCAGGGGCGAUAAAGUCGCAGGCGCUGCUGUUCUGGCAAGCAAGUGGGCAGAGGGCGUUGUUUCGCAGGUCCUGAAAACUUCGCCGCCUCACAAUGUUUGGGCUGGGGCGACGGCGUUGCUCUGUCGCUUCCUUGCCAUGCUUCCAACCUGGCUUAGCGAUGCCCUGACGAAGAAUGCGUUCGGCGUGGAUAAAGUCGAGAAGACGCUUUCGAAAUCUUAA